GUUUUUAAUGUUAUCAUAAAACGAAGACAAUCAAGCCAAAUAUUGUCUCAGCAAUUUAGAUGAAAUAUACUGAAGUUCUGAGUUGAAUACUGGUCAUUCUAGGUGAAAUUAAGUUUCCAUCCUUCAGACAACACAAAUAUCUAAUGCCUCUAGAGCUGUCAAGGUUUCAGAUGGCAACCUCGAGCGAUCUCAAAGGAAGUUUGUGAUCAUGGGGAAUAAGCAAGGCACAACAUCAGUAUUUCGUGAUGAAGAAGACGAAGAAACCUGGUUUGAAUGGAUGGAAACAACAGGACAUCGCAAAAAUCAGAAACAACUGACAAUUUCACCGAAAACCGAAAUGUUGCCGGUUCAACCGACGAGUUUCCAAGCAGACGCAAUCAACAGACCAAGAAACACAAAACAGAAAAUCUCUGGCGCAGAUAAGGCUCUCAAAGGACUUCAUUUAGAGAGUUUUGAAAACGCCAGUGUAUCGGCUGAUAAGUCGAUUCGCGGAGAUGGCACGGAAAAUAAUAAUUUACCCAGAAUCAAAGGUAGCGUUGUGGAAAACGAUUUAGGGACGCUAGCAGGGCAGGUAUUCCCAAAAUUUCCAGCUGGAGAGGUGAAUGUGUCUUUGUCGUUUGACAAAGCGACAAGUCGAAUGAAGGUGCACAUUGUAAAAGCCCGAAACCUCUGCUGCAAGGCGCGGGAAGGAAAACGACAGGAUAGAUGUGGCGUCAGCUGUUCAGGUGAUCUGAUCUUAUACUUAUUACUGAGGUAGCGUCCAUGCACUACGCCGGAAGAAUUUGAAAACUCAUCUUAUUUCUACGUUUAGGCCUUCCGUUUACACUAACCUGUCAUGGAGAGGCAGCUUUUCGAAAGCGCUCUUCAGACCGUAGGAAUUUGAAAACGCCGGCUUUGAGUUUUAGUG